AUGGCGAAGCGGCUGCGCGAGGCGGCGCCUUGGGAGGAGGCGCCGGGGUCGCCGGUGAACGGCCUGGACGACGGCUGCCUCAUGCAUAUCUUCAGCUUCCUCAGCCCGAUCCCAGAUAGGUAUAACACCGCCCUCGUUUGCCACAGAUGGCGCUUCCUGGCAUGCCAUCCUCGGUUAUGGUUGCGUGUUGAGAGGCCACUCAGAAAUGUAAAGGAGCCUGGAGUUUAUCCAAAUCUCGAGGCUGCUAUUUCUGCUGCUAGGCCCGGUGACACUAUUCUAAUUGCUGCCGGUGGCACCUAUCUUGCAUGUAAUAUCCAAAUAAAGAAGCCCCUUUGCAUUAUUGGCGGGGGUGAGCUUCCUGAUGACACUGUAUUGACAUGUUCCCGUGGCUCCGACAAUGCACUGGAGUUCCUUUCCACGUGCAAGAUCGCCAAUCUUACUAUCAAGGCGGAGCUCGGAUGCUGCCUGCUUCACCGAAGCGGCAAGCUAACUAUUCAGGAGUGCUUGCUCCAGUGCGAGCCAAACCCUCUGGACUACCUGUCCUUCCCGAUAGUCAGCACGGCGAUCGAAUACAAUCCAUUAUCAUCGUCGCUCAAGGAGCAGCAGGGGCACGGCGUGACGGUCGUCCGCACCCGGAUCGAAGGCGGCGCCAAGGCGGUCCGGACCAACGGGACCCUGGCGCUGCAGCGCGUGCGGGCCAUCUACGCCCGCAGGUCCGUCUUCUUCUGGUUCGAGGUAGGGGAGAAGCUGGAACCCCUGUGA